CACUACGCGCCUGGCUGAACACAGAGUGCGCACCAACAUCCAGCCAUCCAUACAUCCACACGCACAGGCUCACGCAUACUGUACGACCCUGUUCUGUGCAAAGUGGAAAUGGAGCUGAAAUAGGCGCAGCGCUCUGGAAUGCCUGCAGCACCUCCCGCUUUGGAUUUCUAAACUUUAUGCGCACAAACUGACGCACGAGAGAAAAUGUGGAGCUAUACGAAACUGCUGGCCUGUCUGCUGAUUCUGUGUAAAAAUGCGUCCUCACAGAGCAAGAUUUUCGGAGAGACCGAGCCUGUUCGCAUGACGUCAGAAGGUUCAGACUGCCGCUGUAAGUGCAUCAUGCGCCCUCUGAGCAAGGAUGCAUGUCUGCGCUUGAAGAGUGGCAGUGUACGUGUGGAGGACUUCUACACAGUGGAGACGGUCAGCUCUGGAUCAGACUGUAAGUGCUCGUGCACAGCCCCGCCGUCUUCCCUCAACCCCUGUGAGAACGAGUGGAAGAUGGAGAAGCUGAAGAAACAGGCCCCAGAGUUAUUAAAGCUCCAAUCUAUGGUGGACCUCCUCGAGGGAACACUUUACAGCAUGGAUCUUUUAAAAGUCCACUCCUACAUCAAUAAGGUGGUGUCUCAGAUGAACACCCUAGAAGAGACAAUCAAGACAAACCUUACACGUGAGAAUGAAUUCGUCCGGGACAGCAUGUUGAGCCUCACCAACCAGUUUAAGAGAUACGAGAACUAUUCCAACAUUAUGAUGAGCAUCAAGAAGGAGAUCUCCAGCCUCAGCCUGCAGCUGCUGCAGAAAGACUCAACUGAGAGCAAAGCACAGGCUACAAAAACCAAGGAGGCUGUAAAAAUACCCAACAAAAAGAGCCCUGCUGUUAAACCCCCUCCCAAACCUCCCAAAGAAAAGGUUGUCAAGCCCAAGAAAGAGGUCAUUAAACAUGGGAAACUGGUAAAGCCUGAUCCUACAGUCAAAACCAAGGUGGUUGGCCACCAGCCUGGUGUGGUGAGGGGCAUCACGUACUACAAGGCCUCCAAAGCCGACGAGGAUGAGCACAGAGGAGACCAUUCUGCCAAAACAUACACAGUCCAUCACACAGAAAACCAGUCUGAGGACAGAGAAACUGAGCUAGUCCUUGAAACUGUCGAGUCCACUGUGGCUGAACCUACUGAAACCACAGCAGCUCCAACCACUACAACUACAACCACCACCACUACCACCAGCGGCACAACUUCCACCACCUCGGUACCCACUACUGUGUCCACUCAGAGUGCACCAGCAUCUGAAAGACCAGCUCCGACUAUCAUGCUAAUGCUCGACAACUCCAAUAACAACAGCCGACCCAGUCUCCACAGAGCAGGAAAGAUCCUCAGCUGUGAGGGGACUUUAGCAUCGAUUGAACUGCCAGAGAAGCAGCACAGUUAUGGGCGCAAUGAGGGUGCCUGGAUGAAGGAUCCCCUGGCCAAGGAUUCCAAGAUCUACGUCACUAACUAUUACUAUGGCAACAACCUCGUGGAGUUCCGGAACCUGGACAACUUCAAACAAGGGCGUUGGAGCAACCUGUUCAAACUGCCUUACAACUGGAUAGGCACAGGUCACGUGGUUUACAACGGAGCUUUCUACUAUAACCGGGCCUUCACCAAGAACAUCAUCAAGUACGACCUGAGGAUGCGCUACGUGGCAGCGUGGACACUGCUGCACGAUGUCGUCUAUGAGGACACCACCCCCUGGAAGUGGAGGGGCCACUCCGACAUUGAUUUUGCAGUGGAUGAAAGUGGACUGUGGGUGAUCUAUCCUUCUGUUGACUAUGACUACAAUGACCAAGAGGUGAUCGUCAUCAGUAAACUCGAUCCAGGAGACCUGUCCUUAAAAAAGGAAACCACCUACACAACGGGCCUCAAGAGGAACUCUUAUGGAAACUGCUUCAUCAUCUGUGGCGUUUUGUACGCUGUCAAUGUGUACAACCAGAAAGAAGGUGAAGUGAGCUAUGCUUAUGACACCCACACCAACACUGAAGCCAUCCCACGUCUGCCCUUUACCAACGAGUACUCCUUCACCACCCAGAUUGACUACAACCCAAAGGAAAAACUUUUGUACGCCUGGGACAAUGGCCACCAGGUCACAUAUCGGGUGAACUUUGUUGACGAGUAAGUGUAGUUAGCUUGCGCUACAGAUUUGCUAACAGUAGACUCGCCUGCGUGGCACCUAAAUGGAAAGAAGAUUCUUAGUAUUCGACAGCCUAGAAGCAGCCAUAUUGGACUCAACGGGACAAAGGACGAACUUACACCAGCCUUCCAGUACGAUGCACGCUAUUCAAACAGCAGACCUCAAAGUGUACCAAGAAGCACAUUUGCCUCCAACAUGUAUUGGGAUAUGACUGUACAAUAUGUUAAUAGCAAGGACAGGGAACAGUGGAAAUAAUCUCACUAGUUCAGUUAAAGUUGACAAGAAGCUCAGAGAUGUUCACUUAUCAAAUGUCAGCAGGCUGGCAGGCUUUACUACAGAGAAAGUUUAAAAUAGACAGCUUUGUUUGUUUCUACAUCACACAGAAACUCAAAAUGAGUCCAUUUUGAAGCAGUGUGCAUGUGCUGUGCAAGUCAUUCCUCCAGUUUAUUGACCGAAUUCUCCACUCCUAACUCGAUUACACUGUCAAAGGUGGAAGAACAUUCCUCUUGUUUUGCAUGACUCAUAUUAACUUUGGCUAAACUUUUGUAAGGCAGUGCCAACCUAUUAACGGGUGCUUUUCAACAGUUCAGAAUGAAGGACGCUAUCAUAAUAGAUUAGCUUAGCUUUAGUCAUAAAUGUUUCUUUAUAAACCUUAGUAUAACCUGCUCUUAAAAGCAGGCGUAGUAUUUAUGGUGUUAUAUAGUCAGUUACAUAAGUGCAGUGCGUCUCUUAGAAAACUCAAAGUAAUGUCCUGAUAUUAUUCCGGAGAUCAUUUUGGCAUAGUAGUAAAAUAGUUUGGCCUUCAUCAAUGCCACAAGUCCAACCUGGUUAGGUAUUAACUUGCUAUCUAUAGUAAUUCACCAGUUAGCCAACAACAGAUGUGCUGAUGAACUUUACAAUGAAAGAUCGGCUUCUGCCACCAACAUCUCAGCAAGUUUUUGCUAUCCAAGAUUCCACCACUUGUAUGAAAGGGUUGUCAGGCUCCUUCCCUUUAGCAUUUAACUCAACCAAUGAGAUUAUUUCUGUCUCUACAGUUCUGCUUUUGUGAAAUACUUUCUUUUCACUUUGCCAUCUUAUCCAUCCUGAGACUGAGCACUUUGAUCGUGACUCCACUUUGAUUGUCAGUCCGACUUCACGGUGCUUCCUGUCUCUUUGAUGUUGUUUUGAGGGAUGUGUCAAAUAUGAAAGAUAAAACAAAUAAUGUACACUAUGUUUUUUGUAUAUAUUUUCAGGAAUUUAUUUGACAAUAGCAUACUGCUUUCUCUUUCCAUGGAUCUGGUUACAUUUCUGUAUAAAAGAAAUAUGAAGCUUUACUCAUUUUAAUGACAACUCUAUGACCACUAUUGAGUAUUUUUUUAUAACAGUGGAAAGGAAUAAGUGUGAUCAGUCACCAUUAUCUGUGCUGUCUUCAUUAAAACAUGAAUGUUUUGUCUUUUGUUUGUUUGUUUUGACAACAUAUACUGAGGAUUACAAGCUUUAAAGCCCAUGAGGUAACUCUUUAUAGAAGAUUAUACAGCGUUUGUGUUUGCUUCAUCUCGGAGCUCUGCAAGUUCAGUCAUAACUGUAAUGCCAUUUGCAGUGAUUAGUUCAAGUCUUUAUACAGAUAUGUUAUGCAACAUAAACAUAGCACUUACAACCUGCUGUGUGUGUCUUUGCCAUGAAAUAAAAUUUCCAUUAUAACCA